ACCCUUUUCCCCACAAUUCCACAAAGCCGCCACUCCCCCUGCUGACGGAUGGGGUGGUGCUCCCCGUCCACUUCCCGGCAGCUCCUCUCCACGGCCUCCCUCUUCGCCCUCGGCGCGGGCCUCCUCGCCUUCGGCAUCCACCUCUCCUACGUCCACGUCGAGCCCCAGCGCGCUCGCACGCUCGCUCGGGACCAGUUCGUCCGCGACUACCUCCGCAAGAAGCACGACAAGUAGCCCGCCGUCCGUGGUCGCCCUCUCCCGGACCCCAGACCCCCAGGCGGUUGCUUAGCAGUCGGAGACGAUGGCCCUGGCCCCAUCGAGGUCCGGUAGCGAGCCUGUGAUCCCGGAGGUGGAGAUGAAUGCCGGCGCCGACCAGGCCGCCUCAACGGUGCGGGUCACCGUCGUUCAGGCGUCGUCCGUGUUCUACGACACCCCUGCGACUCUCGAUAAAGUGGAGAAAUUGAUAGCAGAGGCAGCUGGGUAUGGUUCACAGUUGGUUUUGUUUCCAGAAGUCUUUGUUGGUGGCUACCCACAUGGAUCUACCUUUGGACUGGUUAUCGGCAAUCGAACUGCCAAAGGAAAGGAAGACUUUCAGAAGUAUCACGCAUCUGCCAUAGAUGUGCCUGGCCCAGAAGUGUCCCGCUUAUCUGCAUUAGCUGGAAAGUUUAAGGUGUAUCUGGUGAUAGGGGUGGUUGAGAGGGCAGGGUAUACACUUUACAACACAGUGCUCUCCUUUGAUCCGCUGGGAAAAUACCUAGGGAAGCACCGCAAAGUCAUGCCUACUGCAUUAGAACGAGUAUUCUGGGGGUUUGGAGAUGGAUCUACAAUACCUGUCUAUGAUACUCCGCUUGGAAAAAUCGGUGCUCUCAUUUGCUGGGAAAACAGAAUGCCACUUAUGAGGACGGCCAUGUAUGCCAAAGGUAUUCAGAUAUAUUGUGCCCCCACAGUUGAUUGCAUGCCAAGUUGGCAGUCUUCUAUGACACAUAUUGCCCUUGAAGGGGGAUGCUUUGUGCUAUCAGCGAGCCAGUUCUGUCACCGAAAGAACUAUCCUCCCCCUCCUGAGUAUACAUUUGGUGGCCUAGAGGAAGAGCCAUCCCCGGAAUCUGCUGUUUGUUCCGGAGGGAGUGUCAUCAUUUCACCAUCCGGAACAGUGUUGGCAGGUCCCAACUACGAAAGUGAGGCCCUUCUCACUGCUGACCUGGACCUUGGAGAGAUUGUUCGAGCCAAGUUUGAUUUCGACGUGGUGGGCCACUACUCGCGACCUGAGGUGCUGAGUUUGGUGGUGAAGACUGAUCCAAAGCCUGCUGUCUCCUUCACUUCCGCAUCAGAGAAGACUAACGCUGGAUAGGGCAAUGACGUCUUGAAUACCUAAUGAUCACAUAUCCUAUAUAUAAUAACAAUUGCAAGUUGUCAUUGCAUGAAAGUAGUCGCAGACUUCUGUUCAGAAUAAACUAGACUGACUUCCUUAAUAAUGGCCCUAGUUUUCGACA